AUGAGAACAGAUUUGGGUGAUGUAUAUGAAUUAUCAGCAUGUUUUGAAGUAUCAAAGGCACAAGUAACUAAGUUGAAUAAUAAAACAAAAUUUAACUUGUAUUUUAAUCAAAUUAAACGUCCUGAAACUUCGUCAUCUCAAAUCAAGCUAUACCUGGCAAACACACCCACAUUAGGAAUAAUGCUCGUUACAGCAUAUGUGUUAGACGCAAAAAUGUCAAUCGAAAAUAAUAAGAUGUUGAUUUUCACGGAAGGACAUCAGGCCACAACACUAAAUACAUCACAGUUGAAUUAG